AGCAUUUUAUGCUCAAGGGUAGCGGCGUUUUUCCUCACUGGACCAUCGCCGCUCCCUUUGACGACUCGACAGCAUGGGGUGCACGGAGGGCCGCGACGUGGUGCCCGAGCGAUGUGGUUGCGACGGUUCGGAGUUGACGAAAGUGACGCUCGAGAAGGGGGGGUGCAAUCGAGCUUUCGGAGCCCGCGUAGUCGACACGGAGACCAAAGAUGUUGGAUUGCUGAUCGUGCGCGUCACUGCAGGCGGCGCGCUGAGCAAGUGGAACGCAGUCAACCCUUCAAUGGCUAUUGGCCCAGGCGAUAGCAUCGUCGAGGCGAACGGUCUUACGGAACCAUGGGCCAUUAUGGAAGAGAUGGCAAGAGUCGUGAAAGUUCAUAUGGUCGUCCGCCGCGCCCCGCCAGGGGGUAAGGCCUUGCUGGCACAGUGCAAGGUCACGAGCCAGAGCCUCCAGACAACCGCGCUUGUUUUGAAGCAAAGUGUUCAGGCGUGCGACGUUUCCGUGGACACUUGCGCCAUUUGCUUGGAGGACGUGGAGGCUGACGAGCGGAUUGCAGGCCUCAAGUGCGGGCAUGGGUUUCACCACAGGUGUCUGAUGCGAUGGCUGGGACGCCGCGAGACGGCCAGUUGCCCGCUCUGCAGGGAGGCAGUCCAUUGACGAACCCACUUCGAUAUGCUUUUUAGUUCGAAUGUCCUUGUGGAUGGCUUCUGGCAUUCGGAUAACUGACUACACGAACUACAGCUUCAUAUAAUCGAUCCAGGAAUAGUGUCACAUGCCAGCUUGAUGUUAUGUGCCCGUGUGAGCAGACCAACAGUUUCCCCGUGCAAAUGCCUUAGUUCGUAGUCCAUAUUCUUGCAUUCCUUUUCCUCACGCGCAGCGACACAUCGAACCCGCCUCAGUUCCGGAAACAGCACCCUACCACCCCACUCAGUUUUAACUACUCAUCUGCCAAAAGCCACUGAACAUUCUGCCUUUAUUUAGAAGUCUUAGAAGUAUUGAAGAUCGUUUGGUAUUGUGGGGGGCGACGUGAAUUGAGAACUUUCUCAGAAUGUCUGUAACAUGCAGCGGAUCGUGCAGCGGUGCUCAGUAGACGGGUCGCCAUGCGACGUUGGUCCAGCCAGGGGCAGCACAGUUCCAGAUUCGUCGCGGCAGUUGUGUCUAGGUGGCUGAGCGGGUUCGUUUUCCCGCUCGUGGAGGUCUUUGCAAUUCGGUCGCUCAACGACAAGCAGUUGCGCGACGGCAUGCUGGUGUGGGAGCAUAGCUUUUACCGCUGAGUCGUUGCAUGUGUUAUGCUGUGUUCCGCUCGAGACGCGCCGUUCUCCUAUCUUGGAGGUAGUUUUAAUGUUUGUCACAUGCCACCCGCUGCACACCCAGACUUCACAUUAGCUUCGUGCCGUGUUUACGCGGCGGUGACCCAACCGCCUGCGUUCAAGGUUGAACGCCGCCAAAUCAAUGCGGACGUCAUCGCGACGCGAAUUUGCCGUAGUUUUGCUUUCAUCCCUCUCCUCCUCCCAGAGCACCUGGGGCGACGCCCCGACAAAAGGGGGUCGUUUGCGCCGACGGUGGCGCGUGAGCCACCCGCGCAGGCCGCGCGGAAGGGCCCUCGUCUCCACUGACGCGCCGCGCUGGUGGCCCACGUGAGAGUCACCGCGCUGGCGGCCGCCGUGCCGUCUCGCGCGAGACCCGUUUUGGAUCGCCGCUCACCUGGCGCCCUCCGGGCGGAGACGGCUCCGGCGCCGCUGCAGAGCGCCACGGAGUGCCGGCGCCCCGCGAUGCGAGCGGAUGCGGUGUUUCCCUCGCCGUCUCGGCUCCUCCCCCCUCCUCCUUCCACUGGGGAAUCAUCGUCUUCGCCGUCCUCCUCCACGCCCUGCCUCUCGCUCUGCGUACCAUUCGGGUACCAUCCUCUGUCUGGCCUCUGUGUUUGAGCGUUCGGCUCGAGCCGUCGCUGGUCAAGCACCUGCCUCUCAAGACCUUCAGCAGCGACUCUGCGCAACCGUAGUUGGAGGAGG